CCCCCCCCCCCCCCCUCCUCCGGUUGGUUGUAUAAAUACAUGAAAAUAUCACCAUCUUUGCCGAUAUCCUAAGCUUGGGACCUCCCCUCACCGUCAUAGAAGAUGAACCCUCAUAUAUCCGUCCCACGUCAACAUGGCAGCUCUCCCAACUUCGGUGGCACACCCGCAAACCGGGCGUCAAGUAUACGGAUGCCACGCUUUUUCAAGAGGAUGUUCAAGUUUCCUCAAAUGGACUUCGAGAUGGCCAUUUGGGAGAUGACAUCACUUUUGAUCGCGCCGAAGAAGGUCUUCAAGUCGAUAUAUUACCAUAUAGAGACCAAAAAUACGUGGCAUCGACCUGAUCCCUCCUUCGCAUACUUACUCUCAUUCUUCCUCCUCCUCACAGCCCUCGCAUGGGGCCUAGCAUACGCCCCGUCAUUUGGAUCCAUUGUCCGCCUUUCUUUAUUGUUCAUAUUCGUUCAUUUCAUCGGGUCCUCGCUCCUAGUAUCGACGAUAGGAUACUUCGUCAUCGGCCGACUCUUCGGCCCUAACGGCGCAGCAGGCUCUCUUACCGGGCUACGGGUUCGGGGACGACGACGUGGUGCUGCUCAGGGCCUGUUUACGCAACCAGGUGAAAAGGACCAACUUGAAUUUGGAUAUUGCUUCGAUGUUUCAAACCGCGCAUUCUUCCCCUUAUACUUCCACCUCUACGUCAUUCAAUUCCUCCUCCUCCCGCUUCUUACCCGCAGCCCGAGCAACUUUCUCGCUACCUUCCUUGGCAAUACGCUAUAUCUCUCUGCGUUGACCUACUACACGUACAUCACUUUCCUCGGAUAUAACGCUCUCCCGUUCCUUCAUAACACCGAGCUUCUGCUCCUCCCGAUCCUCGUCUUUGCAGUCCUGUGGUUCGUGAGUCUCAUUGCAGGAUGGGGGAUUGUUGCACAAGGACGCAGUGUGAAGGCACUAUUUUGGGGAGUCUAACCCCUCCGACCUGGACCAACUGAGGCCCCUAGUAAUGGGGACUCUUUGCCGAAGCUACAUACAAUAAACAGUUUUUGUGUAGAUGUCCGGGCGUUGGUGCAUAGUGAUUGGGGUAUGAUUGAUCAUGGCUUGUUAUGUCUCGUCUGCAGUUCAGCAGGUUGCACGGUGCAUGGGGUCUUCUUCUUGGGUUGUGUUUGUUCGUUUUAAAUGUUCGUGUACAGUAUGCGGUAUAUAACUCUAGCAUUUUCCUUCUAUACCUGACGAGUUUAUAUUCUUCAAGUAGCAUCCCAAUGUCCAAUGCAUCUAGGGCUUGUAACCAGAGUUGCUGGUCCCGAUUUUAUAUAACCAAUAUGUAUCACGUUUCACAUCCCAAGAC